AUGGCAGACAAUUCCGCCGACGCGCCCGAGGACCUGCUGUUCCACCGCUGUCCCGAGCCCAGUUGCCGCCGCCAAUUCAGCCGCAAGUACUCGCUCAACGAGCACAUGAAGACGCACACGGGUGAGCGGCCGCAUGUCUGCCCUGUGCGCUCCUGCGCCAAGAGGUUCACUACGUCCGGGAACCUGGCACGCCAUAAGCGCUUGCACGGCUACAUCGAACCCAUUCUAUGCCCUGUAGAGGGCUGUAUCUGCGCCUUCUCGAGCGAUACAAAACUUGAGAAGCACAUGAAGUUCCACUACGGUGGGCCUGUGCAUCUGUGCGAGGUGCCAGGCUGCGGCAAGACCUUCACCACCACGGGCAAUCUCAAUCGCCAUACGAAGAACCAGCACCCUGAUCUCGCGGCCCCGCAAUGCCGUUUGAAACGAGCGUGGUCGACCGGAACGAACCCGCUGCCGACGGAAUCGUUUAACCGCAAUGGCUCAGAGACCCUCGAGGUGCUGGAUGAAACGCUGGAUAAUCUUUCUGCUCUUCUGGUCGAAACGGGCCUCGACGGCACCUCUAGUGACAGGAAGAGCAAACUCGUGGACGACAUCAUCCGCUUUCACGUCCAGGAGCUCGGGAACUCGUAG